AUUUUGUGUCACAUUACCGCUUGACACUCAUAAGUCGCCAUAUCAGGAAAAUUUUCACUUUGAUCGUAGAUUGGAGCUCGAUUCCUUUAAAAUUCUGCUAUAUUAUUGCUUAUUAUAUAGUAAUGGACGAAUCUCUUUUAUGCGCAGUGAAAUAACAGUUAUUUGAAGACUCCCGGUCGAUGUACGGUGGAAGGAAAACAAAUCAAGUGUUUCGAAAUAGCAACUCUACUGCAAAACGCCCCAGCGGAAACAACGUGAUCCAAGCAUGAAGAAAAUAGCGGAGCAAAAGCUGCAGGCUUUUACCGUCGGAACGAUGGGUAAGCGGCAGCUAAGCCGCAAGGAACUGGAAGAGCAGAAGAAACGUGAAGACGAAGCGGCGGCAGCACACGCAUUCAAAGAAUUUGUCGAAACAUUUCAAGAAGCACCUUCCAAAAUAUCCAAAGUUUGGGUGAAAGCCGGAACCUAUGAUGCUGGGUCUAGAAAGGAAGAUGUUCGUGACAGAGGAAAGCUGUAUAAGCCCUCAUCGAAGCUGGAAGCCGAACACGAUAAGACGAAUGAAUACGUUAAGCUGUUGGCAAGUGAGAAUCGCAAGGAUCAGCUGCCGAACAAAAAGAAAGCCCAGGAGAAGAAGAAAAGUAAUUUGGAAAUGUUCAAAGAGGAGCUGCGACAGAUUCAGGAGGAACGAGAGGAACGACACAAAUACAAACAUAUGGCUAAAUCUAUGAUGCCGGUGUCGAUUGAACCGGAGCAGCCAUACAGCGAGAAGGAAUCCGGGUCGUACGAUAACGGGGAUCCAAAUACCACCAAUUUGUAUUUGGGUAAUUUGAAUCCAAAAAUUUCAGAACAGGCUCUGAUGGAACUGUUUGGGAAAUACGGGCCAUUGGCCAGUAUAAAGAUUAUGUGGCCUCGUUCGGAGGAAGAAAGAGCUCGUAAGAGGAACUGCGGUUUUGUGGCUUAUAUGAGUCGCAAGGAUGCGGAGAGGGCUCUACGAGCAUUGAACAAGAAGGACGUGAUGAACUACGAGAUGAAUCUGGGUUGGGGAAAAUCAGUCCCCAUUAUGACUCAUCCAAUUUACAUACCGCCAACGCUUGUCGCCUAUACUUUGCCCCCACCACCAUCGGGGCUUCCUUUUAACGCACAGCCACACGUAUCGGAUUUGGAUAACAUCCCCAAGAUGACCUCUAUGAUGUAUAUGGACGACCAGGAACUCAGGGAAAAGAUGGACAGUGUGCUAUAUAAAUCGGUAGUAAAGGUGGUUAUUCCAACGGGGCGUUCGUUGCUGAUGUUGAUUCAUCGCAUGGUGGAAUUUGUUAUACGCGAAGGACCAAUGUUCGAGGCAGUCAUUAUGACUCGCGAAAUAGACAAUCCGAUGUAUAAAUUCCUGUUCGAGAAUGAAAGUCCUGCCCACAUUUAUUACCGAUGGAAGUUAUUCUCGUUGCUCCAGGGGGAUACGGUCAACGAUUGGAGGACGAAGGAAUUUCGAAUGUUCAAAGGUGGAUCAAUCUGGAAACCUCCACCCAUUAACUUCUACACCCAAGGAAUGCCCGAAGAAUUGAUAGCGGACGAGGAAGGUCUCGAUGGCAAUAAGGGCAACCUUUCAGUGGCUCAGAGAGAUCGCUUGGAAGAUUUACUCAGACAUUUGUCUCCCGAGCGUAAUAAAAUUGGGGAUGCGAUGAUCUUCUGCAUUGAGCAUGCGGAUGCGGCGGAGGAAAUCUGCGAGUGUAUCACUGAGUCGUUGGCUAAUAAUGAAACGCUGGUGAAGAAGAAGAUUGCACGCAUUUAUCUGAUAUCAGAUAUACUUCACAAUUGUAGUGUGAAAGUGCAAAAUGCAAGCUUUUUCAGGAAGGCACUCGAGAAAAAUUUGAUGGAUAUUUUCAAAAACUUAAACAGUUAUCAUAAUCAAUUGGACAGUCGUCUGAAGGCGGAGGGUUUUAAAUCUAGAGUAAUGAAUGUUUUCAAAGCAUGGGAGGAAUGGGCUGUUUACCCGAAAGAGUUUCUAACGAAGUUGCAGCACACUUUCCUGGGGAUUCCAAUUGUGGAGAAGCAAGAGGAAGAGCCGGAAGAGGAAAACGAGGACGAAGAUUUGGAUGGUAUUCCAUUGGACGGAGCGGCGCUACUGAAGAGUGCGAUGCUUAAAGGAAUUGCCGACACAGACACUCGGACACCCGUCCUGAAACACGACAUUUACAGCGAUGAGGAGGACAUUGAUGGAAUGCCGAUGGAUGAGGAUAUUGAUGGAGUUCCACUGGAUCCCAAUCAGUCGGGUGCGGAUGUGGACUCCGAAGGUGGAGCCUUCGGUAAAAGUAAAACCGGUGGCUCGUUUGUUCCAUCCAAAUGGGAAACCGUUGAUGCCUCUCAAAUCGAAGCACAGGCCAUUACGACAAGCAAGUGGGAAACACUGGAUCCGGUGGCACCGGAUCCUCCACAUAUCUCACUUAGAAGUGGUGACGAUUCGGAUGAUGAGCCCGGGAACACGAAGAGUGAUCAGGACGAAGCUCGGCGAUUACGUCUCCGAGAGAUCGAAGUUAAAAUUAUGCAAUAUCAGGAUGAGUUCGAGUCGGGAUCCCGCCAGGUACGGGUUGGUUGGACACUGACUGAAGAGAUCGCUCACUAUCGCCGUAAAUUGAUUCGGAAGGCUGAGAAGGAGAUCCAUCAACAGCAACAGCACUCGAUAUCAUCCCAAAGCAUAGAUGAGAGCAACGAAGAUUCGGAUGACUAUGUCAGAAGUACAACUUCGAAAAAAGCAACCAAGAGGAACGUCAGCCCUGAAGUCUCGCGCAAACACAAAAAAAGCCGCCGUUCUUCCUCGUCAGAGUACAUUCGAGAGAGUGCUCCGAAAUCAUCGCGAAGAUCCCGGUCGCCACUUUACACCAGCAGUGGCCGCACGCGACGUGAAUCAAUUUCUCCAGUACGUAGUAGCAAAAUAACGAGACAUCGCCCGUCCCGGAGUACCUCCAGAUCACCAACAAGAAGACAUCAUGCUGAACGUUCGCUUUCACCGGCUUCCCGUAGCAAGUAUGAUCUGCUGGAGUCUCCCGCUCGCGGUUCGAGUGCUAGCGCUGCGAAAUAUGAUAAGUACGAGAGCAGUGCGUCUAAGUACGAUAAGUAUGAAUCCUCCAAGUACGACUCACGGUUGUAUGAAGAGCGUACGAACAGCAGUAAGUACGAUAAGUACGAGAAAUACGAAGCCGCAAGCAAACAUGACCGCGACAGGGAACGAGAGCGAGAACGCGAACGUGAGCGUGAGCGAGAGCGAGAACGCGAGCGUGAGAAAGAAAGAGAACGAGAACGGGAACUCCGGGACAGAGAACGAGAACGCGACAGAGACCGGGAAAGGGAUCGGCUCUAUAUCAACAGCAGUGGCAGUAGCAAAUAUGAGACUGUCAGUGCAAAGUAUGAGGAGAGCGAAAGUCGAAGAUACAGAUCACCAUCGCCAACCCGAUCCAGUCGAGAGAGUUACCGGUAUUCUAGUAGCGCCUCACGAUCAGAAAAGCAUAAGAAACAUAAGUACUAAGAUCGAAGGAAAACGGGACAUUUGACAAGUGAGCACAUCUGUGUACAAUAGAGUUUUGCACAAUAGAGGUACCAACGAACGUUGGUACAAUUCGUGCACUGAGAUACCGAGAUAAUUUCAUUUCCAUUAUCCUCGUAGCCUUGAGAAAUUCAGCAUUUUUAUUUCGUGGAAAACACAAUUCCGAUGUAAAACCGCAAAUGUGCACGAUUGAAACAAUCCAAUUUUCUUAAUUGAUUGGUAAUUAAACCUUGUUUUAGAUCGAUUA